CCCUCCACCUUCGCUCCCCCUCUUUCUCUCUCCAGCAUCAUUUCUAGGGUUUCAAUCUCUCUCCGCUUAAUUCCUCCCCAAAAAAAUAAUUUAAAAAAUAAGACAACUCCAUUAAUUUUUCUCUCAAAAGUUCUCGAUCGAGGACACCUUGAUGAAGCUAACAGUGAAGACUUUGAAGGGGACGCACUUCGAAAUCAAAGUGCAGCCCAAUGAUACGAUUAUGGCUGUGAAGAAAAAUAUUGAGGAAGUACAAGGGAAAGAUAGCUACCCAUGGGGCCAACAAUUAUUGAUCCAUAAUGGGAAGGUUUUAAAGGAUGAGAGCACAUUGGAGGAGAACAAAAUCAGUGAAGAUGGUUUUCUUGUUGUUAUGCUUAGUAAGAGCAAAGCUCCAGGUACUGGCGGGUCUUCUUCGGCUCAGCCUUCGGCGACUGCUGUGACCCCUUCUCAGCCUCCUAUUCAGACGUCUACUCAGGCUUGCCCACAGACUCAGCCUCCAACAAAUCCUGCGACUACAUCUGAGAGAGCAACAACAGAAGCACCUUCUGAUGCAUAUGAUCAAGCUGCGUCUAAUCUAGCUGCAGGCAGUAAUCUUGACCAGAUUAUUAAUCAGUUGAUGGAUAUGGGCAGUGGCAACUGGGACAAGGACACUGUCUCGCGUGCACUUCGUGCUGCUUAUAACAAUCCAGAGCGUGCUGUAGAAUAUCUAUAUUCUGGCAUACCACCAGCAGCAGAAGUUGCUGUCCCAGUAGCUGCAAACACAAAUGAAGCUGCUGCAACAGGGUCAUCCCCUCAACCUGGUUUGCCAAAUUCCUCACCUUUAAAUAUGUUUCCGCAGGGGGCUGCCAGUCUAGGUGCGGGUAAUGACGGAUCUCUCGACUUCCUGAGAAACAACCCACAGUUCCAAAUGUUGAGAGCAAUGGUCCAAGCUAAUCCCCAAAUUCUACAGCCCAUGCUUCAAGAACUAAGCAAACAAAACCCGCAGCUGCUUAGAAUGAUUCAGGAGCAUCAUGCUGAGUUUCUUCAGUUAAUAAAUGAGCCUGUAGAAGGCGCUGAAGGGGAUCUCUUUGAUCAGCCUGAUCAGGAGAUGCCUCACACAGUCAGGGUGACACCUGAAGACCAGGCUGCUAUUGCACGACUUGAGGCAAUGGGAUUUGAUCGUGCACAGGUCAUUGAAGCAUUCCUAGCAUGUGACAGGAAUGAAGAAUUGGCGGCUAACUAUUUAUUGGAACCCUCGGGUGAUGAUGAAGUUUGAAUGUUUGCAGCGGAUUGCUUGAUGGCUUCAGAGAAAAGGAACACGAAGUCACAAUUAUGAAGACUUUGCCGACUUCUCAUAGCUGUGAGGGCAAAAAAAAGCAACAUUUACUGUUACUCAUGAUUGAGCAAGAGGGGAUUAGAUUGUUUGAUUCUUGUCUACUUUCAAAGAGGGGGAAAAACGAUUUCUAGAGGGCACACCAGCGUGAUUGAUAGAUGCUGCUAACCACAACAGAUUCUCUCAGGAACUGAGAAGUUGUAAUUCUAGAUGCUAAGUUUGAGCCUGCGAGACUUCGCUGUUAGUUUUUCUUUAUCUUCACCUUGUUGCUUUUGUUCAUGGCUUAUUCAACAGGCAUCGAUGGGAUUAAUGUAUGUUUUUAAACGUAUGUGGUUGUCUUAUUGAUAAUUCUGAGGUAAUCUAGGAACUUCCUUUCGAUAGGAAUUCUA